AUGUACCAUUAACUGAUCUUAAGGUUGUUCAUAAAUUGGUCAUUUGUUUGGUGUUUCAUGGUACUAAAACGACCAUUUGAUGAGGGGGAUGGUUAUGAUUAUGAAGUUCUUAAUCAUAAAUCCAAACAAAAGAUUCUCUCAUCUAAAAAUGUGAUGCAUGGGCUUUCGCCUCAAGACUUAGCGUCGACUUUGGAACCACUGAUUCGGGGAUGGGUGCGAGACGAGGUGCAGCGUGCAUGUCAAAGCUUCUGCUGUUCAUCACCAAGAUCUCCCUUUAGUGCACUUGAACCAUGUGGCACGACAUCCUUGCAGCUUCGUUUUCAAACGAAGUUGCCUCAGAUGUUGUUCACAGGAACCAAGGUGGAAUCUGAGAACAAUAGUGCAGUUAAACUAGUCCUAUUCGAUACCGAAUCUAAUCAAAUAGUGUCAUCGGGACCCUUAAGUUCAUCAAAGGUACAAAUCGUUCCACUUGAUGGUGAUUUCUCCGUUGAUGAUGAUGAAGAUUGGUCUCAGAAGGAAUUCGAGGCCAAAGUUAUAUGUGCUAGAGACGGUAAAAGACCGCUAGUGGCCGGAGAACUGGCGGUGGUUCUAAAAGAUGGAGUUGGAGAAUUAGGUGAAGUUUUCUUUACCGAUAACUCGAGCUGGAGGAGAAGCAGGACAUUCCGGUUAGGUGCACGUGCCAUUUCUGGAGAGCGAAUUAGAGAAGCAGUCAGCGGGCCUUUCAUGGUGAAAGAUCAUCGUGGAGAAUCAUACAAAAAGCACCAUCCUCCAGCUUUAGGUGAUGACAUAUGGCGGCUAGAAAAGAUUGCAAAAGACGGUGCCUUUCAUAAGCGAUUGGGGUUAAAGGGAAUAUGUACAGUAAAACACUUCAUGCAAAUGUACAUUACUAACGAGUCCUCACUACGCAACAUACUUGGUGUAUCCUGUAACAAGACAUGGGAGACGAUCAUCAAGCAUGCGAAAGAUUGUGUUUUAGAUGACAAGUUGUAUAUGUAUAGCUGUGGGGCAGAAGGGAUUGUUCUUUUGUUCAAUUCGAUUUUCAAGAUUGUGGGGGCCACAUUUGACGGCCAAAACUACUUGUCCGUUGAAGAACUUCCGGUUUUUCAGAUGACUCUGGUGGAAUCUUUGAAGCAGCAAUUUUACAAGAAUUUAGAUGGGAUGUUACCGAUGGAUGAUCUGUCGGGUUUUGGAUCCCCUAUUCUUACAUCGGGUUUGCUCGGUGGCCCUGCUAGAAGUGGCGCUGAUUUGGUUCUGCAGAAUGUUAAUAUUCCACUUAUGCAACUAGAUCAACCACACUUGCAGCUGGCCGCACCCUCAUACAUGUACGGUGUAGAUAACAACAGCCAAUCAGAGCUCUACAUACCAGAUAACUCUGCACUGCAGUUCUUUUCUCCGGCUCUAAGGAACAGCUUUACAUUUAAAGAUUUUAGCAUCAGUCCUUACGGUGAAGGAUCAAGUUCAGGCUCGGGUGUGGUGUCCGAUGAGCUAGGACCCGCUUUCGAUUAUCAAGUCGGGCCAUCAUCAUGGCAAGGAAAUAUAACUAGUGUUUCCUCUGAUUUUGGCAUCUGUUUCUCACGGGCCGCCCAACGAAGGUGGCGCAAGCUUCGGGCGGUCGUGAAAUUCUUUUUUCAUGCAACCAAAGUGGCAAAGUUUUAUCGAUAUCCUUAUCGAUAUCUCGAUUUCUGAUCUAAAUCGGUUAUUGGGUAUAGGUUACCUUGAAUGGGUUAGAAGUAAUAACUUAAGCUGCUUUGUUUAUUUGUUCUUUGAAUUUCUUAAUUUUUUAAAUGUUUGUAAAAUGAAUGCAAGAUUAUUAGUUGUAAAAGCAGUUGUACCAAAGGUUUAGGAGGGAAGUUUCUCCUGGAUGGGUAUGUUUUUGUGGCUGGAUCUGUGUCUGUGCGAUCGCCAUUGUUUUAAUGCUUUUUACAAUGUAAUGUAAGCUAGUUUUUAUAUAUAUAAUAAAAGCUUUUGUUGUGAAAUUG